AUGGAGAACACCACUUUAACUUUAGACAAAAAUAUAAUCAAGAAAGGUGCAUGGAGUAAAGAAGAAGACGACAAGUUACGAGCUUAUAUCCAAAGAUAUGGCCACUGGAACUGGACUUUACUUCCGAAGUUUGCUGGUUUAUCUAGAAGUGGGAAGAGUUGUAGGUUGCGAUGGAUGAAUUAUCUUCGCCCAAACAUCAAACAUGGAAAUUUUACAAAAGAAGACGAUGAGAUCAUUGUGAGAUUGCAUAAACAGCUUGGCAACAAAUGGACUGUUAUAGCUGCUCAGUUGCCGGGAAGGAGUGACAACGAAAUAAAAAACCGUUGGAACACGCAUUUGAAAAAACGAGUUGAAGAUGAACAAACUCAGGUGUUAGAAAACAUUAAUCACGAUGAAACCAUCAAACCUAAUGAAGCCCCUCAAGGUUCUUCUAGCACUUAUAGUAGCUCAAAUUAUCAUAUUCCAAGUGAUGUUACGCUACAAACUUAUGAUUAUGAACUGAGUGGAGACUUUUGGUCCGAUCCAUUUUUAGUGGACAUUAUGUCGCCAGUUGAUCAGAACACAACGCCCUCGGAUUUAUACCACAAUUUUGGCUUUCACUCUUCUUGGGAUGAUAUGACUAUGAGUGAGGACUUAUCAUGGUCAGCAUUGGGUUCAUAUUCUGAAUACAACAAUUACUGA